AUUUGUUUCUUCUAUCAAUAGCCGAUAGCCAUAAAUAUAACUAGUUGCUGAUAACUUUUAAUGCAAAGAAUGACGAUAAUGAAACAAAGUGUAAUGUUUGUAUUUGGAUGUUUGAUUAUUAUACUAAUAGGAGAAGCGGCGGCUGGAAGGAGUGGCAUGAGUAGUUGGCGUCCUCCAUCUCCACCUUGGAUCCAUUUAGCAGAAAAUUUACCUGAAAACAGACCUCCAAGACCACCGCAUGCACCUGGGCAUUUGAGAGGACGGGAUGUGAAUUUAGAAUACGAUGGGCAAUUAUCUCGUAGGGAAAGAAUUGGUGAUAAGGACAAACGAGAACAACAUUUUUGCAUCACAGAUUCGAGGUCCAUACCCCCACACAAAAUGUGCGAUGGAAAAUUUGAUUGCAGGGAUUUAUCGGAUGAAUAUCUGUGCCCCGCUGAGACAGUCACAACUUGGACGGAUUAUAUCAAAUAUUCAAUGCAACUCUUCACCAUAUGAGCGAGUUGUUUAUUUCAAGAAAUAUGAUCGGAUUAUAUGGAACUCGCUCAAGUCUUAUAUCAAACACAGGGAAGAGAAGGGAAAGUGCGUUAGACUUCAUUCAACGAUCUUGCAUUUCUUCUCUCGAUCGCACGAUUGUCGCAAAUGGCAAAAAGGCCGCCGCUUGUACUUACUGUAACGAAGGCGAAAUACUGUGUUUCACUGGAGUUUUCCAGUAAUGGAACAAUGAAAUGUGUAUCUAAAAAUCAAGUUUGUGAUGGAAUUCAGCAAUGUCCCGACAAUCAAGAUGAAAUAUUUUGUGAUAUAAUGCGGGAACGACCAACAGCCAAUUGCACCAAAAACUCUAAUCUCAACAGAUUCAUCAGAAAUAGGAAUCGGAAUAAUUCCAAGCGCAUGAAGAAAAUCAGGGAAAGACAUAACGCCACAAUCAGCUGCAUGACUUUAGCCAACGUAAAUUCAGUGAACAAUGUUCGCAAAAAAGAAUGGGGACGCACUGGAUCACCACACGGCGGAUAUUCCUUUUCAAGACAGUCGGCGACCCGCAUGCAAUUAUUGUCUGAGGUCUUACUUCAAACAAAGACGUUAAAUAACGCUACUGAUAACCAAAAAAAUAUUACUCUUUCCCAAGUGUGCGAUGGAAUUAUUGACUGUGACUCAGCCUACGACGAGCUCAUAUGCCCAGGCCGCUUUUACUGCGAGUCCGGUACCCCAUUAUACGUGAACAGUAGUCAAAGAGGUGAUGAGGUAGCUGAUUGUGUUGACGGAAGUGACGAGUGGGAAGAUCGUCCAGAAAUAAUGACGUCAUCAAAAGAUAAGAUGAUUAAAGACUGGUAUAUACUAUUCUCCAUGUGGGUCGUUGGAAUAGUAGCUGUUUUGGGUAACUCCGUAGUUAUCAUAAAUACAAGCCUCAGUCUUACAAGGAUGCAAAACACACGGUCGUCAAGUGCAGUGCUUCAGUUAUUAUCAUCUGUCACAGGGGUUAUUUUGUCAGAUAGUGGCAUAAAACGUGAAGCUAAUUUGAAGAGAGAUGAUAAAGGUAAUAUAAAUCAACGCAGAACAGGCAAAUCAGUCGGCUGGGGACGAAAGAAAACCAUCAAAUUAUGGAACAGUGUUUUAGUUCUUAAUCUCGCAGCUGCGGAUUUUUUGAUGGGUAUAUAUCUGGUGACAUUGGCAGGAAUUUCUAUGACGCAGUCAACUGAUUACUGGAAUUUCGAUAAAAAGUGGAGAACCAGUGGUCCGUGUCAAGCUCUCGGCGUGAUAGUUAUGCUUUCUAGUCAGACGUCUGUACUGUCUCUAAUCAGUCUCACUACACUACGACUUUACUCUGUGGCAAGGCCUUUUGGUAUAAGGAUACUGAAAAAAUCAAAUUACUUAAUCUGCAUUUGCGCUGCUACAUGGAUUGUGUCUUUCGCAACCGCCGUGCUUCCAAUUUUACCUGGACUUCGAGAUCACUACACUACUAAAGCAUGGGUGCCAUUCCCACACGCCAGGCCCCCGGUAAUUAAUCAGACCGUCGCCAGCAACCUCAUUCUUGCAUUGAUCGACGUUUCAGAGAACACAACCAUUGGAGCUAACUUACUGAAAGGUGAGCACUUGAGUUGGAGAGAAAUGGUGGAUCUGACUAAACAGGCUGCACCUAUGUAUUCCGACUGGCGAUUUUUUGGUUUUUAUAGUGUUCAUAGUGUAUGCAUACCCAAGCUGUAUGUCACAAUCGGUGAUGUAGCAUGGCAACACACAGCAACAUUUUUGAUAGUAAAUUUUGUUGGUGUGGUUUAUAUUAGUAUCGCCUACUUGUUCAUCUACAUUUUGUCCAACAAAAGUCGGGCUGUCGUAUUUGAGAAAGCCCCCACUCGUUUAGAUGAAUCAGUAGAUGGCUCGAAGAACUGUAGUCCGAACGCUUCAAUAAAAAGCGUACAAGAAGGUGGUAAAGGUAAAUUAUGGAUUUUUUGGGACUGUUUCACAUGCCACAAACGGCGUCAAUCUAAUUUCGCUCCAACAACACCGUUUAAUGAUCGAAAGAACGUCAAGAAGAUGACUCAAAGAACGUCAAGGAUACAAUUUCGCAUUGCACUGCUGAUAGCCACAGACUGUGUGUGCUGGAUUCCCAUAUGUAUAAUGGGAUUUUUGAAAUUGGCAGGCCAUGAUAUACCAUACGUAGCAUACACAAUUUCAGCAGUUGGCCUUUUACCGGUUAACAGCGCUCUUAAUCCUUUACUUUAUUCUAGUUUUCUUAAUGAUUUUCGUAUAAGAUUUUAUAAUACUUUAAAAAAGAAGGUCGUUACUGUGCACGUCGAUAAAUGACCGUUUUAUGUUAAAAAUUAUAUAUUUAAAUAAAUCAAUAUCACAUUCGGUAAGCAAUAUUUGUAUGAAUACUUUGGCACAAAUGAUUUACUAAAAUACAUAUGACUAUACA